UCACCGUCUAGCAGCGCCGCUGGCACAGCUUCCGUCCGUCAGCGUCGGCCUCUCUUGUGCUCUCGUCAUGUGUCAUAAUAGUAGUGUCUGAAGCUGCUGGGUGGUGUGCGCGCUCUUUCGUACUCGACCGACUGUCCUCGAAGGCUCUGUAAUGAUUGUGUCGGCGUGGACAUGUGCGCAGACGAUGCUGGGGGCCUGAUCGAAGGCGUCGGAAACGAGGUCCUCUUCACUGUACCUGUCGUCGCCGCCGUCGUCGUCGGACUGCUGGGUUUUGCAGGGUGGCAGCAGUUGCGGCAGCUGUCGAGUUGGUCACCAGCCGAGCUGCCUCCUCCACGGCGUGUACUGACAAGUGGGAGGCUCAACAAUGGUGCCGCAGCUGCGUCGCCAGCAGCAGAACACAGCAGCAUGGCAGCACACUACGGAUCAGACGCACAGUGCCCCAUCUGCCUGGCUGAGCCCCGACACCCCGUGGAGACCAACUGCGGUCACCUCUUCUGUGGUGGGUGUCACACUGGCCGUCGAGGUUCUUACAUUAUGACCUAGAGAGAAGCUGCUACCACCGCG